AAAAAAAAAAAAAAAAAAAAAAAAAAAAAAAAAUCAUAAUUCACAAUAACAGUAUACUAUGUUUUCAGAUCGAAGUUUUAGAAACUACUGUAUUAGUGUCACAAAUAUAUGCGUAAUUCUAGUCCGUAAAAAUAUAUCCAUUUCCUGGACCUUAAGCUCUAUUUUCCAUUCAAAUGCUGACCUCCAUUGAACUCUUUUUCAAACAGCCAUCAACAGAUGAGGAGCUGGCACCUUAACAAGACUUCCUGGAUUGAUCUCGUGUCGCACCGCAGGGCAGAUGUGCUGACGUCUUCCUGAGUCAGAAGCGAAGAGCGUCAGGUUGUGUCGACACGUGUGCGGAUGGCUCGCGAUGAAGCCAGCUCUCGGGUCCCGCUUUUUCUUCCUCAUUUGUGCAGUGACGUGCUUGGCUUACAGUGGCGCCGAGGAGAGCCUCUGCACCAAAGGGGCGAUAUGCGGAAGACGCCUCUUACUUCCGAUCGGCGAGGAGCCCCGUCCGGUGGGCGUGUGGGCGGAGAGCGGCAGCCGG